AAUGGUACCUACACUCUCUCCAAACAAUUCUCUCAUCUUCAGUUUCAUAUUCUCUGUCUGCUUCAACUUAUGCUGCUGGAAAAAAAGUCCAGGAAAGGUCAUGGAUGCAAUCACUGAUGAAAACGGGAACAAGAAGAACAAGCAUGAAGGGAAGAAGAUCAAGGGAACUGUUGUGCUGGUGAAGAAAACUCUCAUUGACUUUGAUGGCCUUAGCCCACCACUUGUCGAUCGGGUUGAUGAGAUUUUAGGGCAUAAGGUCUGCCUGCAGCUCAUCAGUGCUGUCAAUGGUGACCCCGGGAAAGACUUCUGCGGGAAAAUUGGAAAGCCAGCAUAUUUGGAAGACUGGAUUACUAAACUCACCCCUCCAUCUGCAGAUGUGUCAUUCAAUGUUACUUUCGAAUGGGACGAGGAGAUAGGGGUUCCAGGGGCUUUCACUAUAAAGAACUUUCACCACAAUGAAUUCUACCUUAAGACCGUCACCCUUGAAGAAAUUCCAGGUCAUGCCCAGAUCCAGUUUGUCUGCAAUUCUUGGGUCUACCCAAAUGAGUAUUACAAAAAAGACCGCUUGUUCUUUACUAAUCAGACAUAUCUUCCAAGUGAAACACCAGCUCCGCUACGUCAUUACAGAGAGGAAGAAUUACUAACCCUGAGAGGAAACGGAACUGGAAAGCUCGAAGAAUGGGAUCGCGUCUAUGACUACGAUUUAUAUAAUGAUUUAAGCGAACCAGAAACAGAUAAAAAGUAUGGCCGCCCAAUUCUCGGAGGGUCUUCUAAGUACCCUUAUCCUCGUAGGGGAAGAACAGGACGGCCGCAAUUGGAAAAAGAUCCUAGGUAUGAGAGUAGGCUUCCACUUCUUAAGAGCUUAAGCAUUUACGUUCCAAGAGAUGAACGGUUCAAUCACUUGAAGCUAUCAGAUGCUGUAGGUUAUGGGUUGAAAUCUCUAUUUCAAUUCCUUCUCCCUGAGUUUGAGGCUCAAUUUGACAAAACCCCAAAAGAAUUUGAGACACUUGAAGAUGUACUGAAACUCUAUGAUGGAGGAAUCAAGAUACCCGAUUGCCAUUUACUUGAGAGUCUUGGGAAAGAGAUUCCCGUCAAGAAACAAAAGGAGAUUUUUCGAACUGAUGGUGAGCGGCUCUUCCAUUUUCCAGUGCCACAAGUAAUCAAAGACGAUAAGUCUGCAUGGAGGACAGAUGAAGAAUUCACGAGAGAAAUGCUUGCUGGAGUAAACCCUGUAGUCAUCCGUCGUCUCCAAGUGUUCCCCCCAAAUAGCAAGCUAAAUCCCAAGGUAUACAACAACCAGGCCAAUUCAAAGACCAAGGAGAGCAUAGAAACAAAACUCGGGGGGUUAACUAUAGACGAGGCACUCAAGAACAAGAAGCUAUUUGCAUUGGAUUACCAUGAUGCUUUGAUGCCAUACUUGAAGAGGAUAAAUUCAACUUCCACAAAGAUAUAUGCCACAAGGACACUCCUCUUCUUGAAAAAUGAUGGAACUUUGAAGCCAAUGGCUAUUGAAUUGAGCAAGUUCCCAGAGGAAGAUCAAUUAGGACUUCCAGAGAAAGAACAGCUAGGAGAAGAGAGUGUAGUGUACACACCUGCAGAACAAGGUACUGAAGGUACCAUUUGGCAGUUGGCGAAAGCUUACGUUGCCGUGAACGACUCUGGCUAUCAUCAACUCAUUUGCCACUGGUUACAUACUCAUGCUGUAAUCGAGCCAUUCGUGAUUGCAACAAAUAGGCAGCUGAGUGUGCUACACCCAAUUAAUAAGCUUUUGCAUCCUCACUUCCGUGAUACAAUGAACAUCAAUGCACUCGCUAGGCAGAUCCUCAUCAAUGCUGGCGGAAUACUGGAGAAAACAGUUUUUCCAUCAGAGUAUGCCAUGGAAUGGUCAUCUGCAGUUUAUAAGGACUGGGUUUUUCCAGAGCAAGCACUCCCUGCAGAUCUCAUCAAGAGAGGAGUGGCUGUUGAGGACACAAAAUCUCCGCAUGGCGUGCGCCUGCUGAUAGAAGACUACCCUUAUGCUGUCGAUGGGCUGGAGAUCUGGUCAGCAAUCAAAACAUGGGUUGAGGACUAUUGCUCCUUCUACUAUAAGACCGAUGAAAUGGUUCAAGAAGAUUCUGAACUUCAAUCCUGGUGGAAGGAGCUCCGAGAGAAGGGUCAUGGCGACAAGAAAAAUGAGCCCUGGUGGCCUAAAAUGCAGACUUGUAAAGAGCUAGUCGAAACAUGUACCAUUAUCAUAUGGGUGGCCUCUGCUCUCCAUGCAGCAGUCAACUUUGGACAAUACCCUUAUGGAGGGUACCUCCCAAACCGACCAGCCAUAAGUCGCCGUUUCAUUCCCAAACCAACAGAAAAUAAAACUGAAUAUGAGGAGCUUGAAAAGAACCCUGACUUGGCUUUGUUGAAAACAGUGACGCCACAGCUGCAGAGCAUUCUUGGCAUUUCCCUCAUAGAGAUUCUGUCGAUGCAUACUGCGGAUGAGGUUUUUCUUGGAAAGAGAGACACGCUUGACUGGACAACAGACAAAGAACCAUUAGAAGCCUUUGAGAGAUUCGGAAAGAAGCUGACAGAAAUUGAGCACAGGAUCACAAGGAUGAACGAGGAUGAGAAAUUGAAGAACAGGGUUGGGCCAGCACACGUGCCUUACACUUUGCUAUUUCCAACCAGUGACGUUGGACUCACCGGCAAGGGAAUUCCUAAUAGUGUCUCUAUCUAAGAGUUUUAAUUUGGGAUUCUUUUUUUUUCUUAGCAGUGUAGUUUGUCUAAAAAUAAAAUAACUACACACUAAUAGUGAAGGUAAUGUUUACAGAAAGUUGGGAAAUGUUUCCUUAUACACAUCAAAAAUUUUAAUUAUCUAAAAAUGUUCCAUACGGUACUCUUUGUGCAUCAUGUGCACUCUCUAGAGUUACAAUUAAUAUGAUCGGAGCUAUGAGUAGCCAAUGUGGCCGGUAACAACACAAUGUGAUCCGAAACCACAUGCAAUCGUAACUGACCACAUUGAGUCAUAACCUCAAUAACACCAAAUCAUAACCAACUUUUUAACGAGGCUAAAUGACAGAUACACAAUGGGUUGCAUGUGAAGUGCAACUUUUUGGGGUGGGCAUCACAGAAUUUCCAUAGUGGUUAUAAUAUCAUAGGCAUCGAGGCUUCCCAUCUACUGUUGCAAACUUCACUCUUGUUUGAUGGCAAUCAAAGAGUUGAUGAGAACCAGAGACUUAAUAUCGUAGCUGUAUAAACACCGAUGCUUGUGAUGGGAAACAAGGAGUUGAUGAAAACCAGAGACCUACAAGCAACUUCUCCGGCCUCUUAUUAUCCUACCCUUGGUAACAUGAUGCCCCAAUUUUGAGGAGACAAAAUUUUACCUAAUUCAAAACUAAUAGUAAAACAAUUUUGGACAAGAAAAUCUUAGUUCAAUGACACAAUACAUAAAAAUUGCAUCUAAUAGGAGAACUUUGGAACCACUUCCACAGUAUUCAAAAUUAAACUUACAGCCAUUAUUAUUCUGUUUUCUGGAAUUGUGGAAGUAUCUACCCUAGUUUUCUACUAUCUAUCUAAUUUUAUUUGCUCACAUAAUAGUUUGUCAAUAGACAUAAGCACCAUCAAGAUUCCAAUCAUGGUAAUAGUACAAGCUUCCUAUUAUUAUGAAGGGGAAUUUGGUCAAAACCCACUCAUAAUAAAACUUUCAUGCAUUAAAACAAGCACAGAAAUUGUGCCUUGAAAAAGCCAACACACACCACCAUCACCAAAAUAUCCUUAGUGACUAAUUUUAUAUUUCAAAGUUUAAAAUGAUAUAAUUUUUUUUAUCUGUGUCGGUUUUUAAUAAAAUUGGUAUUUUUAAAAUCCUCUCAUCAAGAUCCAUUUUGGUCAUGAAAUUCUUCUAAAAAAAUAAUCAAAAUUUUUACUGUCGAAAUUAACAUCAACAGUAAAAUUUUAUUCUAUACAAUAAAAUUUUACUCUGGUUCAUAGUAAAUUUUACUGUGAAAUUUUAGUAGUCAAUAGUGAAAUACCAUCAUCAUCACUAAACACCAUAGUACUAUAACUGUUACUGCAACAAGUAAAAGUAUUGAAUAAAAAAAUUUAUUAAAGCAAUGAAAUAAUAAUGUUAACAGAGUAAAAUUUUACUAUUAAUUUAAAACAGAGUUAGCAAACAAAAGACAGAUUUACACACGUGCAAGCACAGAAAGAGAACUUGUGUUAGAUGGAAGCAGAAAUCAGAGGCAGGAACCAGGAAUGACAAGUAAUUUUUUAAAUAAUUAAUAAAAAUUAAAGAAUUGAAAGAGACAGAGGAUUCAAACUAGGAGUUGAUCAUUUAGUAAGUAAUUGAUAUUUCCCAAUUCAGCACAACAUCUGUAAAUAAAUUUUAAAUAUCAGAGAUGUCAUGGUACCUGUUGAAGAGCUUCAAUGUUUUAAGAAUUCUUCAAAAUUUACAAUUUCUGAGUUCAGCACAACAUCCAUGGAUGAAUUUAAAAUAUAGGACAUCACCUAAUGGAAAGGAUCAUAUCUUCGGUUUUCUUCAUCAUUUAUUACAAUAUUUUCACAUGGAAUUUUUUGGCUAAAAACAUAGAAAAUUAACCAGUGAAUAAAUGUAUAAACAAUAGAUCAUAGCAUAUGUAAGUAGAAAGAAGAGAAUAAAAAUGAAUGGACCAACUAACACGAAAAAUGGUAGAAACUGUUAAAUCCUAGGGUUCCAUUAUAGUUUAUGAAAAUUAUCAUGAUACUUCAUGAAGCAAGGUGUUGGAUCUCUUUUUCUACUUUUGCAGUCCUUGUGAUGAUAAGUUGCAACAGCAGCUUCAAUUUUUUGAUUAGCUGCAACAGUAACUUCAUUCUUUGAAUAUUUACCACAUAAGUGAAUUGAAGC